UUCCCUUCUGCUGCUGAGCACAUACAAUGUGACAACACUUCCAAUCUACUCAGAACAGUCCUCUCUCUCCAGCAAAGAGUGUCACCUCCUGCUUUAGGAUCAUCCAGCUCUGCUAACUGGACCUCACCCUGCCUGCAGGAUCACAUUGCAAGGCUCUCUCUCUUCCCCACCUAGCCUGGGGGUAAAUCUCCCCUGCGGAAUCUCAGAAAAUCAAAUUCCAUCCUAAGAAUAUCUCACCAAGAAUUUCCUUAGGAGCUGUGCUGGGGUCCUACGAUGAUGCACCAACCACUUGUGUUGCCACCUGUCAAAACCUUGGAUGGCCCUACUUUCAGGCUGUUUUACAUGACACCAAAACCUCCAUAUUGAAAAUUCGACACUUCAGUCAAAUGUUUUGUCUCCAUGAUUCCAAAGAUCACCUUAAGUGAGAGAAAUUUGAGAAACAAACAGCUAUCAAUUCCCAUUGUAAAGAAUUACCUCAUUGGGCACAUCCACAUUUUGUCAUGACCCGUGGAUUUAAGAAAUUCCUCAAGACGAUGUCGAAUAUGAUCCAAGAGAAAAUGUGAUUUGAGUCUGGAGACAAUUGUGCUUGUCAAUUAGUAAGAAAAACCCAAUAUAGCUGAUAGAAGAGAAAACAUUAUUUGGAAGAUUGCUACAAUUAAAAAGAAAAGCUGCUUCUAGUUUGAUUUAUAUUAUAUAGCAUAUUUCAUUUUGGCUUUAAUGAUGGAGAAAAAGUGUAUCCUGUAUUUUGUGUUUCUCUUGCCUUUUUUUAUGAUUCUUGUCACAGCAGAAUCAGAAGAAGAGAUCCCUGAUGACUCAAUUCAGUUGAGUGUUACUAGAAAUAAAAUCAUGACAGCUCAAUAUGAAUGUUACCAAAAAAUUAUGCAAGACCCUAUUCAACAAAUAGAAGGCAUUUACUGCAACAGAACCUGGGAUGGAUGGCUGUGCUGGAAUGAUGUUGCUGCAGGAACCGAAUCAAUGCAGCACUGCCCUGAUUACUUUCAGGAUUUUGAUCCUUCAGAAAAAGUUACAAAGAUCUGUGACCAAGAUGGAAACUGGUUUAGACAUCCAGAAAGCAAUAGAACGUGGACAAAUUAUACCCAAUGUAAUGUUAACACACACGAGAAAGUGAAGACUGCCCUGAAUUUGUUUUACCUGACUAUAAUUGGACAUGGACUGUCUAUUGCAUCACUGCUUAUCUCGCUUGGCAUAUUCUUUUAUUUCAAGAGCCUAAGUUGCCAAAGAAUUACCUUGCACAAAAAUCUGUUCUUCUCUUUUGUUUGUAACUCUGUUGUGACAAUCAUUCAUCUCACUGCAGUGGCCAACAACCAGGCCUUGGUGGCCACAAAUCCUAUUAGUUGUAAAGUGUCCCAGUUCAUUCAUCAUUACCUGAUGGGCUGUAAUUACUUCUGGAUGCUCUGUGAAGGCAUUUACCUACACACACUCAUUGUGGUGGCUGUGUUUGCAGAAAAGCAACACUUGAUGUGGUAUUAUUUUCUUGGCUGGGGAUUUCCACUGAUUCCUGCUUGUAUACAUGCUGUUGCCAGAAGCUUAUAUUACAAUGACAACUGCUGGAUCAGUUCUGAUACCCAUCUCCUCUACAUUAUCCAUGGCCCAAUUUGUGCUGCUUUACUGGUUAAUCUUUUUUUCCUAUUAAAUAUUGUACGUGUUCUCAUCACCAAGUUAAAAGUUACUCACCAAGCAGAAUCUAAUCUCUACAUGAAAGCUGUGAGGGCUACGCUUAUCCUGGUGCCAUUACUUGGCAUUGAGUUUGUGCUGAUUCCAUGGCGACCCGAAGGAAGGAUUGCAGAGGAGGUGUAUGACUACAUCAUGCACAUCCUUAUGCACUAUCAGGGUCUUUUGGUCUCUACAAUUUUCUGCUUCUUUAAUGGAGAGGUUCAAGCAAUUUUGAAAAGAAACUGGAAUCAAUAUAAAAUCCAAUUUGGAAACAGCUUUUCCCAUUCAGAUGCCCUCCGUACUGCAUCUUACACAGUGUCAACAAUCAGUGAUGGUACAGGUUACAGUCAUGACUAUCCUAGCGAACACUUAAAUGGAAAAAGCAUGCCUGAUAUUGAAAAUAUUAUCUUAAAGCCAGGGAAGUUAUAUGAUUGAUAAUGGAGGGAGGGUUACUUAACUAUUUUAUGCCACUCCUAUCUCAAAGACCCGGAUCCAUGACUUUACAACUAGAAGACUUUGAUAUUCAAUGAAUUUUUUGGAUGCCACAAAGAAAACCCUCCAUGAAGUCAGAAAUGUGUUGAUAAUGUUUAACAAGCAGCUCUAUGGGGAAACAAAGCUCUGAUGUGUAACGUUUGCCAGUUUCUGCGGUGUAAAUACUCUUACCACGGCUGAUUUUAAGCUGUCAACUUGACAUCACUGAAUGUGGAAUUGGGAAAAUAUAAACACAAUCAACUCUUGUAGGCUGGCGUGAGCCAGUUCCAGCACACCACUGCAUGAAUUCACAAAUGAAUAAGACUGUAAAAGUCCACAUACACAUUGGGCAUCACUCUACUCUUGUUGCCUAAAGAGACCUAGCCAAGGCCUAUAGACUUGGAGAGAAAAUUAGCUUUUCAUUUGUUUUUAAAAUCUUUAUCCCAUAUUCAUUGGUGCAUUUGAUUUUUUUGCCCAGAAAGUGUUCUAGCCCUUUUUGUGUCUCCCCUUUCCAACGGACCAGAUAAAGACUUAAUUAUUCCUGUUGGCUCACCCUAUUCUCCCCAAGGAAGGCAAUUGAGCAGAACUGCUUUUGGCUACUCAUUUGCUGAUAUGUCACAGCUCCCCCCUGUGUCAUAUCUGCUUUUGAGAAUUGAUGGAUAGUAUUAUAAUAUGCAAUUCCACUUUGGUAUUAUCAGGGAGACACCUUGUUGAUACUACAGAACACCUUGCAGCUACUUUCCUAUCUUACUACACAAGUGGGAGGGAAUCAGUUUCCCUGUAUCUGUAAAUAGAAACUAUGCCCCUUCCAUUUCUACUGUGUAGACAAAUUAGCAGGUAUUUUACAUGAAGGAAAUCAAUGAAGGAUUUCUUAUUUUCUUGGAAGUUUGUAAAAAAAAUUGUUGUGAAAAAUGAGCUUGUAAAUACUUUGUUAUUCUAUUUUAUAGUCUCAAAUCAAAUACAUACAAUCUAGGUAAGAUUUUUAAAAACAAACACAUAACGUAACAAUGUGUGCAUGUUAAUAUCUGAUACUAUGUCUGGGCUGAUUUUAUAAUAAAAUAGAGUCUGGAAUUCUAUAUUUGGUAAAUAUUUUAAAGACAACCAGAUGCCAGCAUCAGAAGUUUGUUUAAAAACUAAGAUAUCAGAAAUAUCUAUGAUAAGAUAUAUUUAUUAAAAAAAUUCAAGGCCAUUGUUUUAUUGAGUAUAUUAGCUUUGAUGAUUCAUACCUUAAGAAUAGGUAUGUUUGACAUAUUUCUUUUUUUUAUUUUGACGAUGAACUUGCAUUCUAAUCCAGAAAAUAUAAACAACUCCUACUGUAAUAAAUGCCAAUCCACUACUCUUACGGUUUUUACCCCAUUAAAAAUAUUACUUUUCUGACUUUUACUAUAAGAAGAUACACAGCUUUGGAAAUGUUUCAGGCUAUUUUUUAAAAAACUAUGGCAAUACAUUAUCUAUCAUACACAAUGUUUUAAUAUUUUAAUAGAGCUACUAUAAAUGAUAAAUCAGUGAAAGACUUGACUCCAUCAUUGAGGAAGACUUGUCAGAACGUUUAUGAAAUAAUUAAAGGAAGGUGGAAGGACAUCUUGCCAACGAAUUAAAGUGACAUUUAAAUGGGACUCAGUUUCCCUAAUGUUAUUUUCCACUGAAAUUUCUGAAAAACAAAAAUGCCUUCAAUUAGUAAAAGUCAAUUUUGGGAGGAGAAGUCAUUAUGUGUAUGCAUUUUUGCAGUGGGUCAAUCUGCUUAAAAUGGAUUAAACUGAGUGACUUAGUCAUCAUAGGUUGUUUCUUAAACUGUCAAUAGAUGGUGACUUCAGAAAUCAUUUGAAAUUGUCCAGGAAAAUUAGCUAAAUUAGUAAGAAUUAGCAUGUUAAAUGGCCUAGUCAAUACAUUUAUAAUUUAUAAUUUAUCUAUAUAUGUGUAAAGGUUUUAUUAAGUGAACUUCAAAUUUGUGAAUUUUACAGCACGCUGUCACAAAAAGGAAUGCAGGCUAUUCUGGACUUUCUGUUGCCUAAAUUAUACAAAAAUUCUGUUAAGCAAAUUGAUUCUUUUGCUAUUUAUUAGUCAAAGACGCAGAUUCAAAUCCUUUGCUGAUGCUGUUCACAUAUUUCAGCAUCCUUCCAGACAAACUGUCAAGUCUCACCUAUAAAUGACAGUAGAAGAUAUCGCAUUAUCAGCUAUCAUGUUAAAAUCAUGUUGUGGUUGUCAAGUAUUUUUACUGUGCUGUUGUCAUAUUAAUUUUCGAUCAGAUUUCCUUUAUGGCCAAGAUUCACCUAUUGAACAGUCUUCAGGUGGAGACAGCCCAUGAUUAAUUAGUCUCAGUUUUGAUCCACAUUUUUUAGGGGUAAUAUUUUUAAAUAUUAGUCUUCUCUAAAGCUGAAGUGCUAAUUAACAUCUCCUUUGUAUCUUACUCAUGAAAAAAAGGUACAAUCAAUAUUUUUAAAAGCAAACUUCGUUGGUAUCUAAAAACUAAUUUUGGGAAUUUCUAACUUUUAAAAUUUGGAUCUGCUGUUUUCCUGCAAGUACUGUAUAAGUCAUACUUUAAUUUUUAAAAAUUCUAAUCUAUCUUUUUUUUAUUUUAUACAGUUAUUUUCCAGUGCAUUUAUUCAUAAAAUAUCCAUUCUGGAAUUUAAUGUUUGUUCAGAUGUAAUCUGGUGUACAUAGAAAAAAUUGUAGCUGUAGUGCUGUAUUUAUUGCUUAACAAUUUUUUAAAAAUGUGAAUUUGUUUUAAUUUUCUCUUGGUUUUAAUCUGCUAAUAGGAAGCACCAUUUCUUUAUUCUGUAAAACAUACCCAAGAUAUUCUGGACAAUUAAAACAACUCAUGUUAUGCCUACUUAAUGUAUAUCUCUAUUUUUUGAUUGUAUGAAAAUAUUAAAGUUAUGAGUUAAAGUUGAUUUUCAUUCAUUUUUACUGGACUGCUGAAUAAUUUAACUUACAAACAUAAUUCUUUACAGUAAUCAGUGGAAUAACUCUUAAAAUCAGUGACUCUCAUCUCUGUUACCCUCUCUGAAGUCAUCAAUAAACCUGUAAAUCCUUCCAUAAACCAA